AUGUCCGACGUCAGCCCUCUCGCCGAGGUGCUUGGGCACGCGUGGUAUCACUUCGACCGCAUCAAGCCGCUCCUCCCCACGUACGGCCACCUACUCGUUUCUGCUCUGUUUCCCAUGUAUAUUGGAGCCCAUGCUUCUCUAUCCAGACCCUCUUCCGCCGCAAAGCCUCCCAAAAAAGAUACUGAGAAUGAAGAAUACGAUACCGAUGAUGAGGAUGAUGAAGGUGAGGACCAGGGUGGGCCGGUUCAGAAGAUGGAGGGACUCGAGCCUUCGGAUGCUCUGAUGUUCCCAUUGACAGCGGGCCUCACGCUGGGAACCUUGUACUUUGUGAUCAAAUGGUUGGAAGACCCGGCGAUUCUGAACAAGAUUCUCAGUUUCUACUUCUCCCAAAUGGGCAUUUUCUUCGCCGUCGCUUUCUUGAAGGAUGCUCUGUUGAUCUGGCGGUCGCUCCUCUUCCCAAAGUACUAUCGCCAUGGAGGAAAGGUUUGGAAGGCCAAGCAACACGAGCGCAUAUUCACAUCGUUGGAAGAAGUUCGACGCUCACCACUUCCUGGAAUCUUCGGUUCAAUCCCUUUGCCAUCGAAGGUUCUCUCUUUCCUUUGGGCGUGCCGCAAUGCCUCGUACCAGCGACUCAGACUCAAACUCCACAUUAAGAAUGUGAUUGAUGUGAAAGGGCUUGUUGGACUUCUGGAUCUAUUAAGUGCAAUCAUCGCUCUCAUUGCAGUGGGAUACUUUGCAUUCGUUACCAAGCCUUGGUGGUUGACCAACUUCCUUGGAUUCAGCUUCUGUUAUGGUGCUCUCCAGUUCAUGUCACCGUCGACCUUCUGGACUGGAACAUUGAUUCUGGGAUCCUUGUUCUUCUACGACAUCUAUUUUGUUUUCUUCACCCCAAUGAUGGUUACUGUCGCUACAAAACUGGACGUUCCCAUCAAGCUACUCUUCCCUCGUCCCCCUUCCCCCGGGCAAGAACCAGAUGCUGUAUCACUGGCUAUGCUGGGGUUAGGAGACAUUGUGAUCCCCGGCAUGAUGGUUGGCCUUGCGCUGCGUUUUGACCUCUUCCUUUACUACUUCCAAAAGGGCGCUCAAAAGGCACGCACAGAAGGUUCAAGCCAGGAAAUCGUCAAGCCUAAAUAUCAACGAUCGACUGGGGCGUGGGGAGAGCGAUUUUGGGCACCGACAAUCGCGUCACGAGAGCCCGAGCUCCAGCCUCCGUACCACGACGCGAGAUCUUUCCCAAAGACAUACUUCAAAGCCAGUCUUGUUGGGUAUGUUGUUGGCAUGGUCGCCACGUUGCUUGUCAUGCAAUACUCAAAUCACGCACAGCCUGCCCUGUUGUACCUUGUCCCCGGAGUCCUGUCAUUCCUCUGGGGAACUGCCCUCGUUCGCGGGGAACUGAAGGUAAUGUGGCACUUCUCUGACGCUGAAGAAGAAGGUGACGAGGAGGAAAACAAAGAUAAAGAAUGUUCUGAGAAGGAAGAUGCCGACAAGAAAUCUUCCACGUCUGAGCAGAAGAGCCUCUUCAUGCGUAUCCUGUCCGGUGACCUGAAAGCGCUCAUAUCUGGGAAUGAGACUGCGGGGAAGGAAAAGCGCAACGACAAGGCAAAGGCGUCGGACAAGAAGUCCGAGUCGGAUAAGUGCGAAGAGAAGGAGACACAAGAUAGAUUGGAUCUGAUCUUUUUCUCAAUUUCUUACCCCCGCAAGCCCCAAGGCCAAAUCGAUUCCAACUCUGAAGGAAACAAGAAUGGAGAGAGCAAUGGAACGGUGAGCAUCCCGGGUGUUGGCAACCGGGAUGAUGAGCCCCCAGUGAAGAGGAGACGGGGGACGCCCCGUAAGGCCUCCAUGCAAUAA